AUGGCAUGCCCUGGGGAAGGUAUUUUAACAGAUCUUGCCAAGAGAUUGGUAGAUAAAACCAUAAAGGAAGUUAAUUACUUUCGUCAUUUCGAGACUCAUGAUCACGAGUUUGAUGAGGACAAUCAACUUUUGCGUAGAAGAUUAGAGAAAGUUCGAAAGGAUAUUGACGACGCCAACAUUAAUGAGCAUGAAGUUGAAGGUGAAGUUCAAGAUUGGAUAAAGAAAGCUGAUAAACUAAUUCAAAUGAAUGCUGAAGUUAGGCAAACAAGGUGUGAUAGCUGUUCUUUUCUUAGGAAAUAUCGACAAGGCAAGAGAUUGGCACAGAGGGUGCAAGUCAUUAAAGAUCACAUCCAAAAAUAUAAAAACUUUGAAAGAGUACCUUGCCCAGUUAAACUUCCAGGUAUGAAGUACCAUGCUUCAAAAGACUUCAUUGAUUUUGAGAGCAGGAGGACAAAAUUCAAACAACUUGUGGAAGCUUUAAAAGAUGGAAAUCAUUACAUGAUUGGAUUGCAAGGGAUGGGGGGAACGGGUAAAACCACAUUGGCAACACAAGUAGGAAAGCAAGUUGAAGAAUCCAAAGCAUUUGAGAAAGUCAUAUUUGUUGUUGUGUCUAAUCCUCCAGAUGUCAACAAGAUUCGAGGCGACAUUGCAAGGCAAUUAGUUUUGGAUUUAGAUCCAAGAGUUGAAGCAGAUCACUCAAAGCUUCUAUGGUCUAAAAUUUAUGGUUAUGAAAAAAAAUUACUUAUAAUAUUAGAUGAUGUGUGGGAGAAGUUAGACCUCACUGAAAUUGGGAUUCCAUCUGGAACCGAUCACAAGAAUUGCUAUGUUUUGAUAACUACCCGCCAUUCAAAAGUUUGUGAAGCAAUGAGAUGCCACCAAACAGUUCGCCUACACACAUUAGCUGAUGAGGAUGCAUUGUCACUUUUUCUAUCUCAUGCUGGAAGUAAUGAUUCUGAGGGUCUUGCACAAAAUUUUGUGAAGGAGUGUGGAGGAUUGCCAGUUGCAAUUGUAGCACUAGCUGGAGCAUUAAGAAAUUGGCCCGUAGGUGAAUGGAAUGUAGGUUUGACAACCUUACGAAAUUCCAAGCAAUUUGUUGAUAUUGAUGAAGAUUUAGUGACUAUUUAUAGAUGCUUAAAAUUAAGCUAUGAUCAUUUAAAUGAUGAGAAGGCUCAAAGGCUAUUUUUAUUGUGUUCUAUUUUCCCAGAAGACUAUGAAAUUCCUAUAAACCUUAUUAUUAGACUUGGUAUAGGGUUAGGAAUUUUUGGCGAACCUGACGAAUACUGUGCAUCAAGAAGUCGAGCAGUUGCAGUAAAAAAUAAACUCAUAGCUUCUUCUUUGCUAUUGAAGGUUGAGGGAAAAGAAUGUGUAAAAAUGCAUGAUUUGGUUCGUGAGGUGGCCCAAUGGAUAGCAAAAGAAGAUAUUUAG